AUGGAUAAACUACAGAGAAACAAAACCACAGCUGCCCAGGCUAUCGCGAUCGAGGAUGGCAAGGACCAUCCUUUCCGCCCUGGAGAGACACACUCGACAAAGUAUUUUGACCUCCUGAAGCAGCGACGAGCGCUUCCUGUCUCUGCUAAAAGACAAGAGUUCCUGGACGCCUAUCACCAACACCAAGUCAUUGUUUUGUCCAGCGAACCUGGCUCUGAAAGGGCCAUCCAAAUACCACAGUUUAUUUUCUUCGAUGAAUGGGAAGGAAAUGGAAAAAUUGCUUGUACUCAUACUCGUAGGAUCGAGGUCGCUUCAGCGGCUGAACGUACUGCCGCCGAGAUGGACGUACACGUCGGAGUAGAGGUUGGAUUCGCUAUGCGGUUUGACAAACUUCGGCAUGAUCAGAUUGAGCUGCUUUACAUGACGGACAGAACACUGCUGGAGGUGGCUGGGAAACAACCAAACUUCAACGACUUUGCCUGCAUCAUCAUAGACGAAGCUCACGAGCGUGCAUUGGCAACUGACAUGCUGCUUGGCCUACUAAAAGUGGCAAUAUCCCAGCGUACCGACCUCAAAGUAGUGGUCAUGUUGGCUACGUCAGACGCUCAAAGGUUCCUCGACUAA